AUGGGGGCAACCCCUUUUCACCAUUCCAUUCUCGAGGUCCGGCUACCGAAGUACUUCGAUAAGCCAACAGACAUGAGAUACGAUGGAACCCAGGACCCCCAGGAACAUCUAACGGCCUUCGAGGCCAGGAUGAAUCUGGAGGGUGUGGGUGAUGAAGUAAGGUGUCGCGCCUUUCCCAUGACUUUAGCAGGUCCGGCAAUCCGCUGGUUCAAUGCUCUCCCCCAAGGCUCCGUGAUAACCUUUACGGACAUAACACGCGCUUUUCUAGCCCAGUUCACCACGUGUAUUGCCAAAGCUAAGCACCCGAUUAACUUGUUAGGGGUGACGCAAAGAAGCGGGGAACCGACCAGGAAGUAUCCGGACAGGUUCAAUGAUGAAUCCCUAGAGAUUGACAGCUUAACCGACUCGGUGGCCAGCUUGUGUCUGACAAACGGGCUGUUGAACGAAGAUUUCAGGAAGCACCUUACCACCAAGCCCGUGUGGACAAUGCAAGAAAUCCAAAAUGUGGCUAGGGAGUACAUCAACGAUGAGGAGGUCAGCCAAGUCGUGGCAGCCAACAAACGACAGCCUGUCUACCAUCCUGCCCAUCAACCCGGUAACGUGGAAAGGCCUAAGGAGCACUCAAAGGACGAAGGGCCACCGAAAGCCUUCAAGCCAUUCCCCCGGGUAGGGAAGUUCACUAACUACACUCCCCUGGCGGCCCCAAUCGUCGAGGUGUACCAGCAGAUAGCCGACAAAGGCAUCUUGUCGAAAGCCCCGCCAGCUCAAGGAUAG